AGUGGUCAAACGUCUCCAGAGUUACUUCCCCAUCAUCGGCGUCCUCCGUGACUACGCCUGGCGCUCUGACCUGCUACAUGACUUUACAUCGGGGAUCUCCGUCUCCUUCAUACAGAUGCCCAUGGUGGGCGUGGCUACUUCCCUUUCCUUCAUCGCCGGUAUUAUCCUGCUCGCCAUGGGUCUGUUGAGGUUCGGAUUCAUCACCAGUUUCCUGAGCACCUCUUUCCUCGGUGGCUUCACCACGGCUGCCGCUGUGCACAUCUUUUCAAGCCAGAUCCCGAAAAUUAUCCACAUCAAAGUCCCCCCUCUGGCUGGCGUGGGGAAACUUGUGAGAACUUACAUCAACAUCUUCAAGAACAUCGGCGACACCAACCCCGCCGACCUGAUCAUUGGCCUAAUCAGCGUCGCCGUUCUUCUCGCCGUCAUGAUCUUCAUCAACGAAAAGUACCAGAUGCCACCCCAACUGCACAGCUCCGCCCCGCACCAUGUUGCUAAGCAACACAGGGGCACGCUCCACCCUCAAUGGCGUCUUCACCGCGGCGUUUAUCCUCAUCGUCAUCAUGGCGGCCGGCCAACUCUUCACUGCACUUCCCAUCGCAGUCCUUGCCGCCAUGAUCAUGACAGCUGUGAAAAACCUGCUCCUACAGGUGACUCAGCUUCCCAAUCUAUGGCGUGUGAGCAAACCAGACUUCACCAUCUGGCUCAGCACCUUCCUGGUGGGCGUGUUCGCUGACCUAGAUUACGCUAUUAUCGCAGGCAUAGGACUGUCAGUCUUCUCCGUGGUCGUCUUCAGCCAGAUGACGUCAUCGACCGUGGGUGGAGUCUCGCAGAAAGAGGAUCUCGUACUCUCUAACAACAGGGCCGGGGUUAAGAAUCUUUCUGGGGUGAAAAUUUUCUAUUUCCCUGCCCAACUUUAUUUUGCCAACGCCGAGAAAUUCAAGAACGAUCUUUACGGGAAAGUAUUGAACCCCGAUAAUGUUGAGGUGAACGCUAUUGUUGAGAGCGAUGUGGUCCUGACCAAUUUUGCCGAAAAAGACAAGGAAGGCGUGUCUAAUGGCAACGGAAUUGCCAAAAAAGGAGCUGAAGGGGAAACAGUCAAGGCCAUUAUCAUAGACUGCUCGGCAAUGACGUACAUAGACUUAGCUGGCGUCAACAUAAUGAAGCUGAUCUUUACCAAGUACAGUUCAGUUGGGGUCAAAGUGUUCCUUGCGAGGUGUCCGGAUUACCCAUUGGGUGUCCUUGACCGCGCUGGUUUCUUCGUCAAUGUGUCACGUGACUGUAUUGUUGUAGAUGUCUAUGACGCCCUCAGUGCCCCGGAAGUGGAAGCGGUGAGUGGCUGGGGCACCCGGAAAACUAGUGUCAAUGGCUUGAAUAACGACACUAUCCAUGCCCGCUUUUGAUUCAGAGGUUCCGAUUAUCUGGAUAUGACCGGAAAUCCGGAUUUUUGAAAUUGUCCACAUUUUGCCCCACUUCUAGCCGACUAUAUAAAGAUAGUCUUGAUACACUUUGAAGUAGACAAAAUUAAGAUCUAUAAAUGUUGAUUCCCUGCGUUUGCGUUUCCACAGGGUACGAAAAGUUCAGGAUUUGUUUUCGUUGCCAGUUGGCACCUCUGUUGAUUUAUUGUAACUUCGAAGAAUUCUAAAAGACAUUGGGGUUUUUAUCUGUGGUAUUACCAAUGAUA